AUGGCAGACCGUCACCAUCAGAACGGGAAAUGGGUUGGCGAGCGCCCUCAUUCUUUUGCAGAGUGGGCCGCGGGCCGAAACCUGAAGACGAAGAAUCAGAAGAAGAAGAAGAAGCAGUCAGUCACUGUUGAGACUUCGGCUGCCGAACUUGCUUUUACCAUUCUACGCCAGAGUGGUCCCGGACCAGUCCAGCCUGCCCUUAUGCCUGCCGAGACUAGCACUCAGAAGGGACAGAACACAGUUGUAGACCAAAAGCCCAAUGUGCAGAGUAGCCGGGCUGCACCCGUCGAAAGCUCUCAUAGUCAGGCCAUUCCAGCCAAGCCCACCCCAGCACAAAAUGAGAAUGCGGAACAGAACAUGCGCCAUGGAGUUCAGUCAAACGGUUCUUUCCAAGUCGAGAUCUCCGUACGGUCGCAUCCGUCUCGUGAAAACACGGGCUCAGUCCCUGGGCAUGAGUCGAAACGAACAUCCAAUCCAGACUCCGACAACUACGAGUCCACCGACGAGUACGAACGCCACAACUGUCAGAAAGAGCGGAACCGCCGCAACAUGCACUACUGUCGGCACAAGUGCCAUUGUGAUCGUCUGCCCGACCACCCAAAACCGAAUCAGAUGCAGGCUGUUCCAAGUACUGGCCCCGCGACUAUUGCCGGCUACGAGCAUAUAAAUCCGUAG